UCUGAUCUUAAUCAAUUAACUUUUUUGUUUUAAUUCUUUAUUAUUGUUCAAUUGUAGGACUAUUGAGUCUGAAAUCAAGUAUAGAGAUCACAGGUCCUCAAGUUGGCUGCAAACCGACGCAAUCUAAUGGAUAAAACCUCUCUAAUAUCCAAAUAUCGGAUCUGAUACUUGUAAAUUUAUGGUAAACCAAAGUUCAACAGUUGACAAUCGUUUUGUUUACUUUCUGUUAAUCAAUUCACAUCAAGAUCAACAACGCCUACUUCAAUGGAAAAAUGAUACUUUUGUAAAUCCUCAAAACAUCGCUUCUUAACUAAACCAGAUCACUUCAAAAGAAAACAUGGCCCUUCUAUUUAAAAUUAUCAACAUUAACCUGUUACAGUAUUUUCUUCUCGCUGUGGUCAUUUUUACGAGUGCAAUUUGCUCACCAUCUCAACCUUUAACAUCAUCCGCAAAUGGGCGGACACUGGUUACCAUAAGCAAUCCUAAUUGUGGUGAUUAUCAAUCAUGCCUUAAGCUUACUCCGAAACCUGAUUUGGUGUAUACCCAUUCAACAGACAAUGAUACUUCAAUACACUUCAUUUCCAGUACACUCGGAGGGUUUCCUGGUUUUUUUAUUACCCGAACUGCAACACCUACUAUUUUACAAAUCAAUUGGGACUCGUUAUUAAAUAAUUGUUCCGAUAGUUUUAACCUUCCUUCAAUCCCAGACGAUUCGAUUGGAGUAUUAUUAUUAAGCUUUUUUAACAUAGACCAUAAAGACAUUCACUGGACAUUGGACAAGAAUGGUUCUAUUAACUGUGAUUCUUCAACUUGUAAAUUUGGUUAUACUUCAUCUGAACAAAGUUCAUUAAAUGAAACCAUUUCUAUUAGCUUAGAAAUGAAGAAUAAGCAAUCUUCUUUUGAAGAUUUACCUCAUCUCUUGUUUAGCCCAUCCUCAAUGCAUAUUGAUUUGCAAAUUACAAAUUUGGAUAAAUCCCAAAUGAACAAGAGCGACGGAAUUAAGCUGUUAGUAUUUUCAUCAUUCAAUGAAUACAAGGAAACACUUGAACGAACUAUUGAUGAUGAAAAUUCACCCGGUGUUUUCACGAAACGCACAUUUUUAUUCUCACAGGAUAAUGAAAACAACACAAAUUUUUUACAAUGGAAACCAGUGGCCUACAAUUCUAAAGAGCGUGUUAUGUCCAAAACAAUGGAAAUAAACUCGAGUCACUUGACUGAUGCUGAAUUACCGCGACUUAACUAUCCUCUUUACUGUUUUCACAAGCAAUUUUAUUCCAACUAUUCUGUCCAUAAGUUUAAUGCUUCAUUUGUCCAAGAAGGCAAAUCAUCUGCUACUAAAAUUGAUCUUAUUACUUGGUCUCUAAUUUUUGGUUUGGAUCAACCACCUAAAGAAAAAUUGUCCACAUUUUUACAAUUAAUGCUAUUUGUAGGUGUUGGAAUGUCAUUUGUUGUUAUGUUUGUCAGUCUGAUUUACGUGGUGGCAAAAAAAUGGCAAAAAUCUAGAGCUACAAAUGAGCCUACCUUGAUUAAUGAAGACAUAUUAGACUAUUAAUGUACAUCGCAAAGCAUAAUGUAACUUUUAAAUAUUUAUAAUCUCGAAUAAAUUCCACAAGAGAAAUAAAAUAAAAGAUUUAACCUGA